AGAUAUGAAUUCAGCUGGUAAUGUUUCACAGUAUUGUGGUCACAGUGAGUUGAAACAGUUGGUUUGAACAUGUGAACUGUGGUCCCAAGUGAGCUGUAAAUCCUCCAGCGCGACAGCUGAUCGAGUCGAGUCACCGCGGAUCACCAGCGGCAGCAGCGGCCUCCAUUUUAACUUCGACGCCGAGCCAUACCUCACGUGUCCUAGGCUGUCUCUCUCACAUGACCCGAGUGUUUGUUCCCGUGAUCAGCACUUCCAUCUCCGUCUGUGACAUCGAAUAUCACUUAUUAUCCUAACACUGAUGGAUAUGCUUGAACAGAGUCUGGACAACGCAAGCCAAGAAAAGCAAGAAGAGGAGGUUGUCCAGGCAUCUGAAGACGGAACAGGAGAGGAGCAGACAGCUGUUACAAUAGCCAGUGUUCAGCAGACUGCAGCAUUUGGUGACCAUAACAUACAAUAUCAGUUCCGCACUGAGGGUGGUCAGGUGACAUAUCGUGUUGUUCAGGUUACUGACCAGCACCUUGAGGGCAGAGAUGAUGGGGGAGGAGCAGUGAGUGUCGUCUCUACAGCCGCCUUCACUGGGGCUCCUCAGGCCGUGGCUCAGGCUGUGAUCCAAAACCCUUUCAGUAAUGGAGGAAGCCCAGCAGGAGAGGCGGUGGGAGGGGAGACGCGCUUCGCUUACUUCCCCGCAACCGCGGUGAGCGAUGGGACUGUCUCUGUGCAGGCCGGCACGGACCCCACACUCACACAGGCAGGGGGUCAGUUUUACGUGAUGAUGACCCCCCCUGAUGUCAUUCAAACAGGCACGCCACGAACCAUUGCCCCACGCACACAGCCGUACCCUGCAGAUGAAAACGAGCUGCUGCAGCAUGAAGGUUUAAACUGGAAAAUGGAUGGGCCGCGAACACCAAGAGAUGAAAGAAGAAGAGCGCAACAUAAUGAAGUUGAGAGGCGGCGUAGAGACAAGAUCAACAACUGGAUUGUCACGCUUUCCAAGAUCAUCCCAGACUGCAGCAUGGACAGCACCAAGACUGGAGCAAGCAAAGGAGGCAUCCUGUCUAAAGCUUGUGACUACAUCCGUGAGCUGAGGCAAAGCAACCAGCGACUGCAGGAGAGUCUGAAGGAAGUGGAGAGGAUACAAGUGGACAAUGAGUUGUGCAGGCAGCAGAUUGAAGAGCUGAAGAAUGAGAAUGCUUUGCUCCGAGCGCAACUCCAGCAACACGGCAUUGAGAUGGUUGGAGAGACAUCACCGCAAUGAAGCAGAGACAAAAAGAACAGGGAGGGGCACCACCACUCAGACAUACAACCGACACGGCAGAAAAGAAGGCGAGAUGAUGGGGGGGGGGGAAAGGACUUUUUUUUUUUUAGUGAAUGCAUCCUUCCCUGGGUUCCCAGGUCGUGAUCCCUUCACCAGCCAAUUGUGGCUGUACUUGACUGUUCCAAUCCUAUUGAGAUAACCACCGUUACAACGCAGAAAUGUGCUUCAAGAAAAGAUGCCCACUCACCACAAUCAGAGUGCUUUACUAGCACUAGCUAUGAAAGAGAACCUCUGCUGAACUCCUCUCUUGUUUUGUAUUUAUGUAGCCUCACUCGUGGACUAUGAUGUUUGUCAUUUAAUUUUGUUCCCUGUCAGUGUUCUCCCCCAAAUUAUUAAUUUUGACUUAGUUCAUGCUUUUAUUCUGUUUGUGUUUGUGAGUUAAUAUGUUGUUUUUAGCUGCUUUAAUUUAUUAGCCCGCUUGCUGACAGAAGCCUUGAUGGAGACCAGUUACAUUGAAGCUCAUACACCCCAGAGAAGCUGAUUGAAUUUUAAGUGAGAAAACAUCAAAGUAUGCAAAACAUUAUGAAUCUACAUACACAAAUAAUGUGACACGCAUAGUUUACCUAGACCCAAAGACAAACAAGGAGCUGUGCUGGCCUCUGCUUCUAGGCUGAUUUAUGUAAAUAAAAAGACUUCUCAUGUUUUAAUACAGAUGUUACAGAAUGUUGGAGCAGAUUAUCUCUGGGAGUAAACAAUCAAUAACUCAUUAACUUCAUGCUAGCCCUUUGUUAUAAUAAUUAUCUUUAUUAUAUUAUCACGACGUGUGUGUGCAAUCCUGGAGCUUGAUUUGAAAAAAAGUAGUAUACUUGAAUUGUUGGGCAUUUGCUUAACCAGAAAAAUAACUUAAAAAAGUCAACAAAAUCACUUGUAAAGAACCAACUGUUCAAAUGCUAUUUAAUUACAAAUUGAAAUGUACAAGUGUGGAACAUGUAGACCCAGUGCGCUGAAUUGUGGACUGGAGAGAAGUACGGUGCAAAUUCCAACUUUUGCCAAACUAUAUAUAGGUAGUGUGGGUUUUAUUUUCAUCUUCUUUUCAUGUGUGAUUUACCAGUGUCUCAGUACGUGUAAGAAUAAUCUCCACAUGUUUCAUUUCAAGCUGUUUGCUCUAUUUUGGUAUUGCAGCACUUCAAAUGGAGCUCAACGCGCAAGGGGGGAGGCACCCUGGAGAGCGGUACUCAAAGACUCUGCUCACUAUGGAAAAGGAGUACACAGAAAUUCUGUGUUACACUUCUUAGUUGAGCACAACUUGUUCUCCAUGAAAAGACGGAAUAGUUGGAAAGUGGGGAACUUGGAAAUGAUCUCACAUAAUUCUCCACCCACUCAGGCGAACAAUAAGUAAACUGUAAUUGGUUGUACAAACAGCCAAUAUUAACAUUGUUGAUGAUUUUGUGAAUGAAUUUACAUGAUGUAUUUUUGUUCCGCUUUGGGCGAUGUGAGUGAAAAUGGAAUAGAGAUAUCCAGCUUCGGAGCCACUUAUUAGAGUACGAUUGCUUCUCCCUGUGUCAACAGCUCAAGAUCCAGCAAAGCAAAACCAACACUCAGACCCCUGGCAAAAUCAGGCAGACUAUCACAUUUUAAUAUCUCAGACUCUGCAAGUUAACAGCUUGUGCUUUGGAAGUGCUGUUCUGCUACUACUGCUAGAUUCAAACCUGAUAUGAAUAGUGCAAGUGUCUGAUCUAUCAAACGAGGCUCCUAGUCAAAGUUGAAUGAUAGAUGUUUUGCAGUAGAAUUUUUUUUACACCUCAGUGAGAGAAGAGCAGAGAGUAUAAAUGUAAAGACAUGAAUAAUGCUUUGGAAGGUGGAUGUUCACAAAUGAAAGGUCACUCGUGGCUAAUUCUUUUUUUCUCGUGUUUCUUUUUUGAAAAGGCAAAAGAAAGAAAAGAAAUACUUUCUCUCUGUAGCAGCCUCACUGUUCUCAGGUUAGAUUGUAAGACAUCUUUUCUAAGUAAAAUGGUGGAAAAUAAAACUUUCACUAGCUGAUAACCUU